CGAAAUACAAUUCGGUUUUGUUCUUAUAUUUGUUUUUAUGUUUAUUUGUAACCACCAAACGUGGCUGGCAAAUGAAGCAUCUCCUGGAGGAUCCCUCGGUCCUGGCCGACCUGCAGGUGCUGCCGGAUAAGACCGGUGGUGUACAGGAUCGUCAGGAGGCCGCCAAAAAUCCUGCAGAGAAUUCCAUGCCCGACAGAGAUUUGCCGGCUGCUGAAGGCGAUUUGCUAAGCGAUAAGGAUACUCUGGGCCAGCUGGCCUGCAGUCUGUACAAGCUGUCCAAAAACGACCACAUAGUCAUCGAUCGAAAGCGCCAUCAAGUGAUUCGCACGGAUGCGGCGACACAACAGAUAACGAUUUACCGCUGUCCGGAUCCUGCCGUCAUGGGAAUUCGCCCGGCGAUAGAGAAAAAUGCCCAGAAUCCGCCGCCCAAAGUGGGUAGACCAUCGAAAAGAGCCUGUGCGGUUGCCACAGCUCCUGUGGCGAAAAAACCAACACUAGCGGAGCAAAAACCUCCUCCCGACAUCCAUCGCACUAGAUCCGGUCGCCAGGUGCGCAGCUUGAUGCCGCAGCCCGCUCCCGUGACCAGUGGCUCAGCGGUGGAGCCAAGUUCUGUCCGCAUGCUUGAGAUGCUGGUGGCCGACUUGCGGGACAAGGACUACAAGGCACCCAUGGCAGCGCCGAAAAGCACGAGUGUUAGCAGCAACGUCAGUAUAAGCCAGGAGCCGACCACAACGGCAACCACCCAACGAGCCGUGCCCAAAAAUGCCGUUUGUCCCGGCUGUGGAAAGAUCUUUUUGGGACGCCGUCUGCAGCGUCACUUUGUCAAAUUCCCAGAGCACAUGCCGCGUCCGGUCGAGCAGACACCACCUGUAGCUGCAGCUGCAGCCACAGUACCAUCAACAGCGCCUCCUUCCUCGACGCCAUCGCUGUUCGGCCUUCUGACCGCCCAACUGCAGCGGCAUUCGCAUCUCAGCGAGGAACAGCGCUCUGAUCUCUUUCUUAACGAACUUAACGACUUCGUGGAGCAGCUGCAGUUGCGCAGCCAACGGCUUAUACGGAAUACCUCUGGACUGCAUUUUGUAAAUGCACGAAUUGCACGAGUUUUGGGAAUACCCGAGGGACAGUAUGCGCUGGAUAUGUCCGCCAUGGAGUCGCCGCUGGCACCGAUGCCGGAAUCAGAGGGAGCAGCCUUGGUUGCCGGCAGCGGUAGUGAAGGAGCCCGCAAUCUGGUGGUCUACGCAGAGUUGAGCAUGUCGCUGGACGAUCCGCUUACUGACGAGGCUGCACAGCGUCUCAAUCUAUCGGCGGGCGGUCAACUUCAUCCGCCUUCCGAGGAGAGUCUGCUUAGAAACGUCAGCGAUCUUAUGCAGCCGCCAGUGGCAACGGCUCCUCCGACUGUGAACCAUGGCUACGAUCAUGCCAGCGAUAAUGCCGUGGAGGCCCUGACCAUGAAGGAAACGCCCAACACGGAGGCCAUUCUCGAUCUCAACGUGGACUUCUUCCAGUUCAAUCCGAACUAGCAAUGGAGAUGAAGAAUCCUAUGAUAGAGUGAAAGGUAUUUCAACUACUUUUUAUCUUGAACACAGAAAAGGUUUUAAAAUAUGAAAGAUUAAAACAUUUAUUUUAUUUUCAUAUUGCAUGAAGAAAGUCUCUGAAAAUUGAAACGAAUUUUUCUAAGUAGAUUAUUAAUGGAUAAAUAUGUAAAUAUAGAAAUAAGGGAUCUCUUUGAUACAUUUUUGUAUGGUAUUUUGAAUUUUUAUUGAAUAUUAAUAUUGAAAUUGUAUACUUUGAAAAGUAACCAAAUGAAAAGCCAAAUAUCUAGGCCAAUGUAAAUGGUUGAGUGGCAAAAACGCCGCAUGUUGAUGGAGAUUAUUUAUGAAGAACUUAACUGGCUAACGAAAGAUGCCUAUUAAAUGAAUUUAGCAUCCCA